ACGUUUUGGAACGCAGCCCUCGCUCUGUUGCUAGGAGGUGCUGUUGUAACCCGGAAGAGGGAGGGAGGGCACGGCUCGGCGGCAGUGGUGAUGGGCGAGCCGGGACGACGAGGACGGACGCGAGAUUUGGAAGGACCGCCGUCGCUUUCGGCGUUUUGUUCGCGUGUGCGUCUUGUCAACAGAAGCGAGAGUGGAGCGGGAAGGAGCUGAAACGUCGCGCUUUCUUCCCUGCCAGGUCACGUAUUGACACAAGCGCGUGUUCAACUGCCCAUUCAUUCCGACAGCGGCGAUGUGGAUGGAAAGCUAUGAGGAAUUCUGCCUGCGAAGUGCGGCCGCGCUGCAGGAGGAGACAAUAUUCAAGAGGGCCACGCGCGAGCCGAUCGGCACGUAUUCGUCCGUCAUCGUCUCCUGCGGGAAAGCCGCCCUGUCUCCCCUGUUGAACGCGGAGCAGCGGCAACAGAUGUGCGAGCUCAGACGGACGGCGGCCCAGCUGGAAAUAGAUCGGCAGAACCAGCGGAGGGGCGAGUCCUCGGCCCGAGUUCCAAACCAACCGGCGAUCUGCGCAGCGCAGUCACGGGGACGCGCGGGCUCCGGUCCGCUUCCGCUGGAAAAGGAAACCAAAAACAGCGACAAAUCAGCUUGCGAGGUAACGCCGUCCUUCCCUGCACACACUGUGACAAAAAUCGAGGCCGAAAAGUCACCGAGCCCCAAAGCAACAACACUCAAUGGGUACACGGUCAUCGCUGACUGGCCCGGUCUUAUCGCCGGCGAUGAGGUGCGGCCGGGGACGGAAGAGAAGAGUGACGAGGAAGAUGUGAGUACGGACAGCCUUCUCAAGCCGUCAAAAGAGGAUGUGAAGAGGAGGCCGCGGGAGGCCGUGUCACAAGAGGCCACGCCCGCAGCUUUACCCCAAACCGUCUCCGAAAAAGAAACGCGUCGUCCGAAAAGCGGUCUCGAGUUUGGCUUUAGUUUGCACCGCAGUCCCGUUGGCCCUCCCGAGACUCCCUUCCACCAAAACCCGCAUGACCCCGAGCCCCAACGCCCCGUAUCGCCGAGUCCACCCGAUCAGUUCGUUCGGCAGCCAAGCCCGGAGUCCGGUUUUAGCCCCCGGGUUCCGAGGCGUAAGCCACGGCCGUUCUCCACGGGGAACAUCUGCAUCGUGUUGCCCGGAACGCCGGGGGACGGCGCCGGUCCGUCCGAUCGGCGAGAAGCGCCGCCCGGAGCCGCACGGCGCCCGACUCACGGGAGACCGGUUUCGAGCCAGGGCGCGGGCGGUCUCGACGGGCCGGGUAGUCAUCGGUCGGGUCAUCGCGCCGAGAGUCCAACGCGGGAAAGCCGCAGCCCUGAGACGCCCGCGUCGCCCGUCCCGGCGGGGCGGCGCGCGGACGCGCCGUCGACAUUCCGCCGGCGCUGCCGAACCAUGGACAGUCAGCCGCGCACCGACCACACUGGAUGGGAUCGCAUUGACCGCAGUCGAGAGAGGACGCCUCGCUUCAUGGCGGGGGUCACGAUGCGCCCCUCGAGUGGGCGCAGCUGGGCCGCCCCCCCCUACGAGCCCUUCCUGUUCGAGAAGCCUUCAGCCUGUCUGCGGAGGCCUCCCGUUUGCCCCGAAGGCGAGCUCGGGAAAGCGCCCGAUGAUCCUCGAAGGCCUUGCCAUCAAACCUCACCGACUUUCUUCACACAUGCAGGAGACGCGUGCGCCGGUCACGCAGAGGAGACCCAGAGGCGGGCGCAGGUUCUGGAGGACAUGCAGAGGCGCCUGGAGGAGGCGCACGCUUUCCAGAUGUCGCUGCUCCUGGCCGAGCAGGAGAAAGAGCAACGGCGCCUCCGUCUGGAGCUUGAGGAGACCGAAAGAAGACUGAGGGAGCAGGAGCGUGUGACGCUCCAGACCCGGGACUCUUGCCAGUGGAAGCGUGCGCCUGCGAAUGACGGCCUUCCGGCUGCGAGCCCAUCGGCCGCAACGGCGGGUCACCGUCAAGGGUUUCCUCGUCCCACGGCUUCAAAUGCGACGUCUCCCGCCGCACGGCCUCCCGUCCGCCUCCAAGGGCCCCCUUGCGCGGCUCACAAACCUCAAGCGAAGCUCCUCAGUCAGGCUCUGAACGCGGAAAAGCAAAGAGCGUCGUGUCGUCUGGGCGCCGUCGCCCGCGGCUUCCUCGUGCGCAGACUUCUCAAAACACGCAAGGUCCAACAUCUGCGUCAGACUGUCACGGACACGCAGGAGUUCAUUCGUUGCUUCCGGACGGAAGGUUCACAGAAGAGAAGCACUUUGUCGGCGCAGGACCUCUCCCUGCACGACCGAGUCGGAGCCCAGUUGCGCGCCGCCCUCUAUGACAUCCACGAAAUCUUCUUUGAAAUCCCCGCGGGGGAUCGGUUAGCGCUGCUGCAGCAGGACCGGGAGCUCUGCGCUGAGAAGAAGCAAAGAGAAGAGGAGAAAGCCAAGAAGGAAAAGGAGAGAGCGGCGCUGUCUGCCGCCACGCAAAGAUCUCUGGACCGAAAAAAGAGGGAGGCGGAGUCACCGGGCCAGGCUGGAAAGGCGAUGCCGAAGCCAAAAAGUCCCACUCCCAGCAGAGUUCCAAAGGCCAGCCAAGUCCAGAAAUGUGUUCCGAGCCAGCUCAACCGCCAGGGGAGCUGGUACAAGAAAACUCCCGAAGCGAGAGCGAAGUGCACGGACAACCCCAAGAACCUGAAGAAGCAGCACUCUCUGGGCUAACGGGCGGGACAGACAUUCCUUAUUGGUUGGGUCCGGGCCAUGUCAGAAAACAUGUUGAUUGUUGUUUUUCAAAGUAAAAGCAGAAUGCUUGUCAAUGUUUCAUUG